AACCGGAAGUGUAAAUCCUUCUGCUUCUCCUCCGCCGGGCGGAACCUCCUGUGCUGGGCCCGGUGUCCGCGAAAGAACUUUCUUUCUCCCGCCCCAACGGUCGCGGCGGCCCAAGGCCUCGCCCGCCUGGCGGCCCGCGCGCCUCCCCGCUGCUCCUCGCCCUCUCGCCGCGGCUCCGCUCGUGCUGCCGCCUCCGCCGCCGUCCCCAGCCCGGCCAGCCGGCCAGCCCGCCGCAGUGAUGUGCGACAAGGAGUUCAUGUGGGCCCUGAAGAACGGAGACCUGGACGAGGUGAAGGACUACGUGGCCAAGGGAGAAGAUGUCAACCGGACACUGGAAGGGGGAAGGAAGCCUCUUCACUAUGCAGCGGAUUGUGGACAGCUCGAAAUCCUGGAAUUCCUGCUGCUGAAAGGAGCAGAUAUUAAUGCUCCCGAUAAACACCACAUUACCCCGCUUCUGUCUGCCGUUUAUGAGGGCCAUGUCUCCUGUGUGAAGUUGCUUCUGUCAAAGGGUGCAGAUAAGACUGUGAAAGGUCCGGAUGGACUGACCGCCCUUGAAGCCACCGACAACCAGGCAAUCAAAGCGCUCCUGCAGUGAUGGACGAUGGACUGAUAGCUCGGAAAGAAUGACUCUCCUGUGGCCUCACACUGCUGCCUGUCUGUCUGUCACUCUCUAUCUGCCAGCUUCUUCAGCUAAAUACUUUAAGAGGGAUGAGGGGAGAGAGAAAUUCGUAACAAAUCAGACUACCACAAAAAAUAAUGUUUGGAGGAGGGGAAACAUGACCAGGCUCUGACCGGGACUCCUGAUCAAGCCAGCCUCUUCUAUUAUAAAAUACACAGCAUAGACCCAAGAGAGAGCAAAGACACACUGUACCGGGAACAUUUGACCUUUCAGCUCCCUAGCUAAUCCAUUAAUUAGAUUGUAUUAAAGGUCUGAUUCUACAAAGGCCAACUCUACUUACUCAGCAGCCCUAACUGCAAGCAGUAGCGGCUGCUGCAGCGCAACUUAGGGUGCUGAGCUAAACAAUUCGCUCCAGCCUUCUGCCUUAAGCAUGCACUCUCCGAGGGUCUCCUGCUAGGUACGGGCACUGCCUGUGGUUGGUGACCAAAUCUUCCCUCAUGACUUCAGCUUCCUGUGAAAGCUCAGUUAAGAUGAGGAGGGGCACACUCCUAAAUUGCUGGAUGACUGAACUUGGGAUUUUCUCUCCCCUUUCACAUGGAUUUCAUGUCUCUUUAGAUAAAACUGACUAGUUUAUUUAUGAAACCUUAAAAUUUAGAAGUCUAAAGGGGAAAUCAUUCCAAUAUCUGUGUUUUUUUCUCCUUUAGCUUCAGACAUUUAUAUAACAUUAAAACACUUUCAAACUCCUGCUGGUAGUAAAGGGGAUUUAAAAAUAGAAUUAUAGCCAUAGCGUGUUAGUUCAUAUAUAGAGAGAACAGUUGUCCUAGUACCUAUGGACUUCUUCGUUUGCUGUUUGAGUUGAUUUCACUUAUGUUUGGAGAAUCAAAGAACAAUCUUAGAAUGCCUCUCUCUGACCCACCUUAAUGCUGAUUACUCAGUGCACCAAAGGUAUCACUGGGGCGAGAUUGACUAUUGGAAAAGUUGAACCGCAUCCCUGCAGAAAUAGGUUUGUUACCAGGUUUCCCUCAGUCAUUGAUAGGCUUCGCCUGGACAUCUGCCAACCCAUCUGAACAACAUAUUUUUCUCAAGCAAUUGCUUGAGAAAUCAUGCAUUGUGUAAUGUGUGAUAACUUAAAAUAUAUUCUGUGUUCUUAGAGUGCAGUGCCCUAAAAUGUCCUUAAGACCUGCAGAAAAUUUGGGCACAUUGCUAGGUGUUUAUGUCAUGAGCAGUAAAAUUAAAGCAUACAACCUUAAAUUUCAUAUCUGGCAUUUGAAAUAUUAAGCUUACUAAAAAUAUUAGGGUUUUUCCUUAGCCAACUCAUGCAAUAAUUGAAUGUACCUCAAAUUUUCAAAAGUGGGAGAGAGGUCGAGGACUUACAUUCAGAUUGUGGAUAAUAAAGACUAAGGAUUUUUUUAAGGCAGUGUAGCAUUGUACAGCAGGGUUAGUUAAACUAUUACCAAGAACAGCCAGUCUGGCUAGUAAGUUUUAUCAGUCAGUUACUGAUUGGUUGGUGGUGUGGGAGUGUGUGAGUGUGUGUGUGUGUGUGUGUAUGUGUGGUGUGUGUGGGUUUUUUUCCCCCAUGAACCCUUUUUUUAUCCUGUGGCUUUUUCACUUUGAAUUAGCCUAACCCUGUAAUUUUCCUGUGUCCAAGAACACAAUCACAAAAUGGUUUAAAUACUUUGAUACAUUUGGCUAAUUCUGCUGUCUUAAUGCAGCCUAUCAGAGCUGGACAUCCUGAUUGGAAAUGGAGGGCACUCUAUCAGUCUCCAGCUGUCAACAUAGUGCAGCAGGGUGUUUUUUUAUCUUUGUUUUCACCUCUUGGCAUAAUGCUAUUUAAAAGGCUUGCAUUGUACCCUUAACACAGUUUUCACCUUCGCUUUCAAAGUGUUCUGUUGUAGUUGGCUAUUACAGAGAGUGCAUUGUCCUAGCAUUCCUAAACUUGGUCUGCUUUCGAAGUCAUGGUACCAAAACCAUGUGAUUCUUUGUACAGUUUAUCCUGAUGUUCCUUGUAAUGCAGUAGAGGCUAUCUUGCCUUCCCUCUUCUUUCUCAGCCAUUUUGUAAGGCCCAUAAUUAUGAAGCAAUUGCUUGAGAAAAUUACAUAUAAACAUAGAAUAGAAUAGACUGGCCAAGAUGGUUUGCAAUUUCUUUUUUUUUAAACUAGGUUAUUUAUAAUGUAUUUCUGAGCCACUUGGCAGAGAAAUUCACAACACUUAAUGUUUAUAUUUUGAGUAAAGAAAGCUAAAACCAUUCCUGCUUUUUGGUACUACAUGCAUUAGCAAAAGGUUAAGUAAGUUUUGUUCUCCACUGAAGUACUAUUUAACAUCUUAGACAAAAUCUUGCAUGUUCUGUAGUUUUGUAUUAAAUCAUUGAGUCAUUUCUUACGUACUACAGGUGGUUUGCCUGUUACAGUAGUUGGCUAACAAAUUCCUCUGCAGCUUCAAGCUGGUUUCUCUAGACGCAGAGUCAAAGACCGCACCUCAGUGUUCCAAGUAGCUCUUCUGUGCACAGCUCACCCUUCUAAACCAGCUGGGCACAGAAGUGCAUUGAUGGCAGGUGCAUUGUGUGGAAGCUGCAAACAGGUAGGCCUUUUAUUCAUUGGUUUCUUUCCCCCAAGUACUGGGUUUUUAAUCUAUAUGUAGCUAAUUGAUUUUUUUUCCUUAAAACUUCAACUAAGCUGCUGUUUUCUUCCAUGCAAUAUCGUGUACUCAAUUGUGUAUAGAAGAAGCUGAUAAGAGUGCCCUCCUACAUAAAUAAGCAAUUGCAGUGUUUUGCAUGCAAAAUUUUAAAAAAUUGAAUCAUCCUGAUUCUAUUUUGUAAAUGGAGAAACAAUCAUAUCUUUCUAAGCAGUAAUGGAGGAAGACUAGUGCUUUGUGCAUUUUUGAUAUAUUUGGGUUCAUUUUUCCACAACAUCAUACUUUUGACACAAUUGAGUUUCUCAUAAGUAUCCUAGUUCAUGUACAUCUGAAUGCUAAAUAAUACUGUGUUUAAGUUUUGUGUUGCAAGAACAAAUGGAAUAAACUUGAAUUGUGCUACAGCUAA